AUGGAAGGGUUAAACACAAACAGCUGGGUCCUGAAAUCUCCCUUCAGCAUCAACAACCUCCUUCAAGAUGUGGCCUCAAACGAAACUCCUGAGGGACCUCUGUCAUCACCACCAAGGGAAGACGGGAGCAUCGUGGCAGCCGGCGACAAACUCCAGAGGCCGAGAAAAGAGGAUCUGUCCGGGGAAAGGAGAGAGAAACAUGAGAAGCCGCCGUUCAGCUACAACGCUCUGAUUAUGAUGGCCAUCCGGCAGAGUCCGGAGAAGCGGCUCACGCUCAGCGGCAUCUACGAAUUCAUCGUGGGGAACUUCCCCUAUUACAAGGAGAACAAGCAAGGGUGGCAGAAUUCCAUCCGCCACAACCUGAGCCUCAACAAAUGCUUCGUCAAGGUGCCCCGGAACUACGACGACCCCGGCAAAGGCAACUACUGGAUGCUGGACCCUUCCAGCGAGGAUGUGUUCAUCGGAGGCGCCACUGGCAAGCUGAGGAGGCGGUCGCCGGCUUCCCGGGCCAAGCUGGCCUUCAGGAGGGAAGCCAGACUCGCUUCGGCUGGGAUGACCCUUGCUGGAUCCUUCUACUGGCCUUUCUGCCCUCUUUACGGGGCCGCCUCGGCCUACCUGGGCCCGCACCCCAGCGCUUUCUCCUCUGUUUUCUCCAAUCAGGCUGUAACUCCUUCAGGAACACACAUGCCGAUGGAAAGUGAUGACCCUUGUAACCCGUGCGCUGCUGCGGCCAAUCUGGCGUUGGCCUUGCCCUACAGCUUGUCCAUGCCCGAGCGCCUCAACUCCUGCUCUUUCAACUUCCUGACUGGUCAGGCAACCUACAUCUUCUCUCAGAGACACCAUCACACCUUGCCCGUGAGUCCUCUCGCUGGCUUCCCUGCCAAAUGCGCCGGAGACACGGCCCCGGCUUUCUCCGGACAGCUCUCUCCAGAGUUCCCACGCUUCUUCGCUUUUCAGAAUCCGACCCUGCCUUGA